AUGUCGGCCGCCACACAACGCAUUCUGCUGUAUAAACUUAAGGAGUCUCUCACUCAAGUGGACGAGCUUUUGCAAGCAACACCGUCCGCCAAAGCGUCCACAGAAGACUGGCAACAAUGGAUAGAGAGAUUAGAUAGCGCUGAGGACAGACUCAAAGAGCGCUCGGCGAGCGUGAGCGGCCGUACAAUGUCUGAAGCAGAUCAGGCGGAUGUUGCGCGGAUUCACCGGAGUAUUGACGCCUCCCGUACGAAAUUUGAGCAUGUCAAGUGGAGGUCCGCAGAGGUGAAGGCGCAGGAGCCGGAAGUGAAGCCGGAUGUCGACCGCGUGGUCGACACCAACGACCAAACGCGGACGGCGGACGCGGAAGAAAGCAGUACAACAGAUGCGAUGGAAGAGGCAGAUGAUGAUGAUCUUGCGGAGAGUUUCAGCGACAUAUCCUCCGUCACCUCGGACCAAAGCACUCCGGCAUAUGAACACCCGCUUUCUGCUGUGAGCGGUCCCACCUCUCUAUCCGGCGAGAAAAGACUUCCAGACGUGAUUGUAUAUGAAUUUCCCUGCGAAGCUUGUCGCCGAGACAAGAUCUCGUGCAUCCGCGAGUAUGUUCGCCGCGGCAGGGUGCGCUGCGAUCGCUGUGUUGUGCGCGGAUAUCGUUGCUCUUUCCCUAAAGCUGGAGAAAUUGAGGGCACCAUCACAUUCGACAGCCGGGAGCAGCGUAAACGGAAAGCUCCUCUUCCAGACGACGAGCUGUUGGACGAAUCUCAGUACAAGCGCGCUCGACCGAACUCACGCGUGGAAGCCAGUCGUUCUGACAGUUCUAAGGAUCAUUCUGACGCACCGGUGUCCCGUAACCGACAGACGGGCAAUUCCGCGACGGCAUCGCUCCCAGCCUCUACCUCGGCCGCACGUCGUUCUUUACACGGAGACUCAGAUGACUUGACCGAGGCUGGAGGAAGCUCUCAGACCGCUUUGGCGGAUAUGAUUGCCCAAGAGCGACUACGCUUGAAAGACGAGGUAUCGCGAAUGGCCGAUAAGAUGCUAUCUGCGAUAGAUCGACGAUUCGACAAGAUACUACAGAAUCUGGACGCUGGUGGCUCCUCUUGA